AUGGAAAGAAUGUCAGAGCCUCUUGUCAUUGGGAGAGUGAUAGGAGAUGUUCUUGACUCCUUCACUCCAACCACAAAAAUGUCAGUUUCUUACAACAAGAAGCAAGUUUGCAAUGGACAUGAGCUUUUUCCCUCGGCAGUUACCACAAAACCUAGGGUUGAGAUUCAAGGAGGUGAUAUGAGAUGUUUUUUCACACUGAUUAUGACUGACCCAGAUGUUCCUGGUCCCAGUGAUCCUUACUUAAGGGAGCAUCUCCACUGGAUAGUGACGGACAUACCAGGCACAACAGAUGCAACAUUUGGUAAGGAAGUGGUGAGCUAUGAAAUGCCAAAGCCUAAUAUAGGCAUCCACAGGUUUGUGUUUGUUCUCUUCAAGCAGAAAAGCAGACAAUCUGUAAACCCACCUUCAUCAAGAGAUCAUUUCAACACCAGAAACUUCGCCGCUGAGAACGAUCUGGGCCUUCCCGUCGCCGCUGUUUACUUCAAUGCGCAGAGGGAAACCGCGGCCAGGAGACGCUAACAACAAGAAGAGGCUGCAGCGAGCAGCUAGGGAGAUCAUGUAUAAUAAAAAUCAAUAAAUAUAAAAACAAGAACUUCCAGUUUAGCACAAUAUAUGCAUGUAUGAAAUAAAA